AAUUCUCUUUUCGGAACGAAACGGAACUGUCAUAUGAUUCUGACUCCGAGUGGUGCAACAGAAAUAUAUUGAAAAAUCGAUCAAUAUAUUUUCAAAAUGUUCCGUAUAUCUAAGAAUAUUAUACCUGCGCUUACAAAAACUUUGUUGAAAAGCACAAAUCAAAGCCAAAGCCCGAGUAUAUUGAUAUUCUUACAUGGACCAAGGCUAUUAUCCGAUAAUGCUGGUUCUGGAAAAUUCGCAGUAAAACAUGAAGACCUUGGGCGACCAUUAUACUUCGAUGCUCAAGCCACAACACCUAUUGAUCCAAGAGUCCUUGAUGCUAUGUUACCAUAUCUUGUGAGUUACCAUGGCAACCCACACUCACGCACUCAUGCAUAUGGAUGGGAGAGUGAGGCAGCAGUUGAAAAGGGCAGAGAACAAGUGGCAGACUUGAUUGGAGCUGAUCCAAAAGAAAUUAUAUUCACAUCUGGAGCAACAGAGUCCAAUAACAUAUCCGUGAAGGGAGUGGCACGAUUCUAUGCACCAAGGAAGAAACAUGUUGUUACUACUCAAAUUGAACACAAAUGUGUGUUGGACUCAUGCAGGGCAUUGGAAGGAGAAGGAUUCAAGAUAACAUAUUUACCUGUAAAAGAAAAUGGUAUCAUAGAUAUGAAGGAACUUGAGAAAGCACUUACACCAGAAACUAGCCUGGUAUCUAUCAUGACUGUUAACAAUGAAAUAGGUGUUAUGCAACCUGUUGCUGAAAUUGGUGCACUAUGCAAGAGCAAAAAGGUAUACUUUCACACUGAUGCAGCCCAAGCAUUGGGCAAGGUCCCAAUAGAUGUUAAUCAAAUGAAUAUUGACUUGAUGUCAAUAUCUGGACACAAAAUAUAUGGACCAAAGGGUGUUGGUGCAUUAUACAUCAGACGCAGGCCUAGAGUGAGAGUUGAGCCAAUUCAAAGUGGUGGUGGACAGGAGAGAGGAAUGCGCAGUGGGACAGUACCUACACCUCUAGUUGUAGGACUAGGUGCUGCAUGUGAAAUAGCCAAACGUGAGAUGGCAUAUGACCAAGCAUGGAUGGAAAAAUUGUCACAGAGAUUCUUAGACAAAAUAUACUCAAAAUUAACUCAUGUUAUAAGAAAUGGCGAUGCAACUCAAACAUACCCUGGCUGUAUAAAUUUGUCUUUUGCAUAUGUUGAAGGCGAAUCUUUAUUGAUGGCUCUCAAAGAUAUUGCGUUAUCAAGUGGCUCAGCGUGUACGUCGGCGUCGUUAGAACCAUCAUAUGUAUUGAGAGCGAUUGGAACAGAUGAAGAUUUGGCACACAGUUCUAUAAGAUUCGGAUUGGGAAGAUUCACCACAAUUGAAGAAGUAGAUUACACAGCUGAAAAAACAAUCAAACACGUAGAGCGUCUAAGAGAAAUGAGCCCACUUUGGGAAAUGGUCCAAGAAGGAGUAGAUAUCAAAACCAUUCAGUGGUCGCAACAUUAAUUUCAUCCUGAUUUUUGUAUAGUAACGUUAUUCCAAUUAAUAGUAGUAGGUGCUGUUAUGACGCGAUGUAAGGAAAAGAUCUGGUGAUUAUAAUGAAAUGUUGGUUUAUUAAUUUAUAUAUUUGUAACUAACAAGGAGUAGAGUCAAAAAUGUGACUGCUAUAUAAGCGAAAAUUGUACACAGUGCAAUUGACCUUAACCAAUAAGAGAAUGGUUAUGUCAAAAACAAAAUACUUAGCUUGUUCUUUGACCUCAAUUAACAGCAAUAAACCUAAGUGGUAUAAAAAUAAGUGUAUUAUCAUUUAUUUUUAAAUAUUAUGAUUUUAUCGAAAUAAUUGCCUCAUUUAGUUGCUUGAACUGCAUAGCUUCAGACCUUGAUAAUACUAUAUUGCUCAAUGCACUGCAAUGCAUAAUGAUCAUUAGUAUGAUUAUUUGUUUAAUUUAGGAUUAGAUUCACUGUUACUUUAUAUAUGUCUAAUUAUUUAAUUGCCCUCAAUAUAAGGGUGUCAAGAUCAUUGAAUUGUAAGCUUCAAUAUAGAAUGUAAAGAAAAACAACAUUGAUAGUUAUAUUGUUAAAUCAGUGUUUAAUAUCAACUUACAGUAAAACGCAGCUGCAGCAAGACUUCUGCAGUUUUUGUUUAUGUUUAAUAAAGUACAAUUUCCUGUG